AUGGCUGAGCCGGCCGAACACGACUCCGACGAUGAGGAGAUCCUCACCUCACCUCCUCCCGAGGGAUUCAGUCCCGAGGCCGCGCGGAGCUUUCUCGACCUCUUUCGCAAGGAAGACGCCCGGGAGAUCUUUUUCCGAUACGAGGCCGUCAUACCUCAUAACGCUCACUUGUAUCAGCUGCUACGCUGGGUGACCGACCCCACUACCGGUGACACUGCUGUCCACGUCGCUGCUGCUGCUCGGAACAUUCGUGCCCUCGACAGCCACAUCGAGAGCUUUGGGAGGGACUGGAGCGCCAACCCCUGGCUCUUGACGUGCUUCAGAGCCCCCUUUUUCCUCCGAAACAAGGCUGGGGAUACUGUCUUUCACGUUGCGGCUCGCACUGGCCGUUUGGACGUCGUGAACGGAUUCGAACACGACCCCGAACCAAUGUACGUCCCCGACUACAUGGUGGCCAUUGUUCUCUUGGCCAGGAAGAACGGCAACGGCCACACCGCCGCCGACGACGCCGCUGCGGCUGGCCAUCAUGACGUCGCGCAGUGGCUGCGGCUAAUGCUGGAACGCCUCACCCUGGGCAAUAAGAGAGCAACCGAGAGGAGGAUGGCGAGGAUGGAGGAGCUGGUUGACAACCGCUACGAUAUUGAUGGACAUCAUGUCACGGCGAACCAGCUUCCGUAUAUUAGAAAGUGUUCGCAGUUUGUUGACGGACGUGUAAUUACAAAGGACUGUUAA